UACGGCGUACAGUGUAGUGGCUACCUGCUAGCUGUUCACUAUAGAAGUAGGAACUGUUGUCAGUUGUUAUUCGCUCAUUUAUUAUAUUUAACAGAAAACCCGUAAGGCAUACGCUAAACACACAGCACGCGGUACGUCGUUUCUAAGUUCAAGAGUUCGGAGAAUUUAAUAAUAUUUGAAUUUGUUAGGAAAUUUUAAUAGUGAUCUGAGUCCUGAGAUCACAUUGUUAAUGAUUAAAAUUUCCAGGGUUCGACAAUUUAUAUUCUGUUUAAAUAAAUAGGAAUGGAGACUAUUACAAAAAGAAUGUCAAGUACUCAAAUUGAAGCUAGACAAGCUUCUUCUACUGAUUCACCAAAUAAUAGUUCCAGUGAAGAUGACAAAGAGUUACCAGCAGCAGAAAAAUCAUUAUUGCAAAAAAUCGUACGAACAGGACUUAUAACAUCAAAGCAUGAUAUUGAAGUUCAAAGACGUGAUCCUAAGUCUCCAUUAUAUUCUGUGAAGUCUUUUGAACUUCUUAAAUUGACUCCAAACUUGUUAAAAGGUGUUUAUGAAAUGGGUUACAAUGCACCAUCUAAGAUUCAAGAAACAGCAUUACCUUUACUUUUGGCAAAUCCGCCCCAAAAUUUAAUUGCUCAAUCACAGUCUGGAACAGGAAAAACUGCAGCUUUUGUUUUGGCAAUGUUAAGUAGAGUUGACCCUGAGCUGGAAUAUCCACAAGUGAUAUGUUUAUCACCUACUUAUGAAUUGGCUAUUCAAACUGGCGAGGUUGCUGCAAAGAUGUCCACUUACUGUCCUAACAUAAGACUCAGAUAUGCUGUUAGGGGUGAAGAAGUUGAAAAGGGUUCUAAAAUACAAGAACAAAUCAUUGUUGGUACACCUGGAAAAGUGUUAGAUUGGGCUACAAAGUAUAGAUUUUUUGAUCCUAAAAAAAUUAAAGUAUUUGUUUUGGAUGAAGCAGAUAUUAUGGUAGAUACCCAAGGCCAUCAAGAUCAAAGUUUUCGUAUAAGAAAAUUGUUGAAUGAGUCAUGUCAAAUGAUGUUCUUUUCUGCUACCUAUACUGAAGAUGUCAUGAGAUUUGCCAACGCUAUUGCUCCAAUGGCUGUAAUUAUACGAUUGAAGCGAGAAGAAGAAACUCUAGAUAAUAUAAGACAAUAUUAUGUGAACUGCAAUAAUAAAGAAGACAAAUACAAUGCGUUGGUUAAUAUUUAUGGUGGAGUAACUAUAGGACAAGCUAUGAUAUUUUGCCAGACUAAAAAAAUGGCUUUAUGGUUGGUUAAUCAAAUGAUGGAACAAGGACAUGCUGUAGCAUUAUUAUCUGGGGAGCUGACAGUACAACAAAGAAUAACAGUAUUGGAUCGUUUCCGUGAAGGCAAAGAAAAAGUUCUGGUUACAACAAAUGUACUUUCUAGAGGUAUUGACAUUGAACAAGUCACAAUUGUCAUUAACUUUGACUUGCCUGUGACUUUUUCUCGCGAACCAGACUAUGAUACAUAUCUACACAGAAUUGGACGAACUGGACGUUUUGGUAAAAAAGGUAUUGCCAUUAAUCUUGUUAGUGGUAAUACGGACUUUCAUAUACUUAAACAAAUUGAAAAUCACUUUUCCAUAAAAAUUAAUAAUUUGAAUACGGAUAAUGCUGAUGAUAUGGAGAAACUUGGGGCUGAGGAUUAAUUUUUAUAAUCUUGUAUAUUAUUAUAAUUGUAUAAUUAUUGACUAUAAAUCAACAUUAAAUUGAAUAAAAUAAAAUAUAAAUUAAAACUUUUAUUAAUGAA